GUUUUUGGUUAAAGCCGAAUAAAAUAAAUAUUCUUAUACAUGAACUAAACUUUUACUAAAUAAAAUAAUAAUAAGUAAUUACGAACAUAAACUUAAAAUUAAGAUGUGUUCAGGAUCUCGUCUUUCCGUAAAUUAUCUGGAGUUUUUAAGCAAAUUUUAAAGAGAAACAACCAUGCAAGCAUCAACGUCAUCUGGUAUUGGGGGCGUCCAUCCCCAUACCCAUUUGAUGAAUCAAUUCAAGAGUUACGUUACUACAUUAGGCGAUCCAAAUACUAAAGAUGUCCUUAAACUAAAAGCUACUCAAGAACUGAGUAAACAUUUUGAGAUUAUACUCAAUUCCGCUUUGUAUCCGGAUUUUCUCGAUCAUUCUAUCAACAUAUUUUUGAAAAUAUUAGGAGAAGGUUAUCCUCUAUUUGUUGCAGAAUACAAUCUUCAACAGGUCAGAAAAUUAAUUUUGGAAAUGUUGUACCGAUUACCGAUAAAUGAGACUCUAAGACCCUACGUUAAACAAAUACUGUUGCUUAUGUUAAAAUUAUUAGAAAUCGAUAACGAAGCUAAUGUUUUGGUAUGCCUUAAAAUUAUUAUCGAGUUGUAUAAGCAGUACAAGCCGCCCUUCAGCUCUGAGAUUCAAAAAUUCCUGCAAUUCGUAAAAUCGAUUUAUUCAAAUUUACCGAACCAUUUGAACAAGAUAUUCGAACCGAAACCGCCUAUUAAAGUUAAAGAACUUGCAGAGGUUAACAUUGAGGAACUCCUUAAAGAGACCUUUACCAUGACCGUUAUUCAGACGGAAGCUAGAAACGAGGAUGGCACUUUAAUUGCGUACUACGUAAUACCGAAAGCCGUGCUAUCCCUAAAAGUCCUCCAGGAAUUACCGAUUAUCGUCGUUUUAAUGUACCAGUUGUACAAACAAAGCGUCCAUCAAGAUGUCAGCGACUUCAUUCCUCUGAUUAUGACAACCAUCACGUUGCAGCCUACAUUAAAACAGAGACAAGCGGAGUCGUUCAACAAAGAAAUUUUCGUCGAUUUCAUGGGAGCCCAAAUCAAAACGCUCUCGUUUUUGGCGUACAUCAUAAAAAUUUACCAGGACGUAGUACAAAAUCACUCUGCGAUGAUGGUGCAAGGCAUGCUCGGUUUGCUGACCUUGUGCCCAAUGGAAGUGGCUCAUCUUAGAAGAGAGCUAUUAAUAGCUGCCAGACACAUUUUAGCCACAGAGUUAAGAAACAAAUUCGUGCCUCAUAUGGAGAAGCUUUUCGACGAAGACGUAUUAUUGGGAAGAGGUUGGACGACUCACGAAUCUCUGAGGCCGUUGGCCUAUUCGACUCUGGCCGAUUUAGUACAUCACGUUAGACAACAGCUACCGCUGGCGGAUUUGAAAAGAGCCGUUCACUUGUACAGCAAAAACGUUCACGAUGAUAGCUUAGCCACAACUAUCCAAACGAUGUCUUGUAAGCUGCUCCUCAACUUGGUCGAAUGCAUAAGGACCAGAUCGGAAGUAGAAAACAGCAACGAGGGACGGGAAUUAUUAAUGAGAAUGCUGGAAGUGUUUGUACUGAAAUUUAAAACGAUAGCAAAAAUUCAAUUGCCUAUUCUUAUUAAUAAAUGCGAACAACGUAAACAGGAAUCACAAGCGACGCAGCAAACCCAAAUCCAGCAGCAAACGGGACAAGAUAAACCGGAUAGCAAGCCGAAUCCGGCCGAGCUUUUGGAAACCGUUCUUGCGAACGUGCAAGGACCCCAACAGAAGGAGGAAAAGUCGAAAUUCGGCUUUCCCCAGAAUAACAACUACAACGUGGCGGAUUAUAGAAGUUUGGUGAAAACGUUGGUGUAUGGCGUUCGUACGAUAAUAACAUGGGGCUGUUUCGCUUGCAAGAACGGUUCCGGUCAAACUACCCUACCUGCCAAGCAUUUCGCACCGCACGAAACAUUGGUUCUAAUUCGACUCGUCAAAUGGGCAUUGCAAGCUUUGGACAUUUACACUUUGAGCGUUGGUCCGCAACCGGCCGGCAUUCCACAAAGAAUAAAUCAACAAAACGUUCGAAGCAAGGACGAGAAGGAAGUAUUGGAACAUUUCAGUGGAGUCUUUUCGAUGCUGAAUUCGCAAACGUUCCACGAGAUUUUCUCAACUACAAUAGAGUAUUUGGUGAAGAGAGUCAACAAAAAUCCCACAUUGCAAACGGUACCAAACACUCUUCUGGCCAAUCCGACGACGAGUCCGAUUUUCGCUACCGUAUUAGUGGAGUAUUUGUUGGAGAGAAUGGAAGAAAUGGGCUCGAACAUCGAAAGAAGCAACCUUUACUUGAGGCUGUUUAAAUUAGUGUUUGGGAGCGUUUCCUUGUUCCCGCAAGAAAACGAAAAUAUGCUCAGACCCCAUUUACAUCAGAUCGUUAAUAGGUCUAUGGAGUUAGCGAUGAGCGCUAUGGAACCGUACAAUUACUUUCUUCUAUUGAGAGCUUUGUUCAGGUCAAUAGGAGGAGGAAGUCACGAUUUGUUAUAUCAAGAAUUUCUACCCCUUCUGCCGAAUUUAUUAGAAGGUUUAAAUAGGCUACAAAGCGGAUUGCAUAAGCAACAUAUGAAAGAUUUAUUCGUCGAAUUAUGCUUAACUGUACCCGUAAGAUUAAGUUCUUUGCUACCGUAUUUACCCAUGUUAAUGGAUCCUUUGGUAUCUGCUUUAAACGGUUCUCAUGUAUUAAUCAGUCAGGGAUUGAGAACAUUAGAACUUUGCGUUGAUAAUUUACAACAUGAUUUCUUGUAUGAGCACAUUCAACCUGUGCGAGCUGAAUUGAUGCAGGCUUUGUGGAGAACGCUAAGAAAUAACGAUCAGGUUGCGCAGGUGGCAUUUAAGGUGCUUGGAAAAUUCGGCGGUGGCAACCGAAAAAUGAUGAUCGAGCCCCAAAAACUUGAAUACGUUUCGACCGAAUUCGAUCCACCUUCAAUAUUAGCUAAAUUCAAUGAUCAAGAGCAAGAAAUAGAAUUUCCAGUAUCAAAAGUUAUUGAAACGGCCUUUAAUGCUCUCAAGCAAAGCAGUACGGAUCCGUUUUACAGAAAGCAAGCGUGGGAGGUGAUUAACUGUUACUUAACGGCUUCCAGGAGUCUAGACGACGACGAAAAUAUCCUUAUCAAUUUGUUCUUGCAUCCAAGUUUCCAUGAUCCGGCAACUAUACCCAGCAUCAAAGGUUCCACGUACAAAUCGGUUUAUAAAGAGGCCAGAGAAACGCAUCAGACAGCUUUAAUAGGCAUGUUCGUUGGUGCCGCUAUAAAGGAAUUAAGAGAAAUUGUCAUACGCCCGUUGGUUUCGUUAGUGAGACAUUAUACUAUGGUCGCAGUUGCUCAGCAAUCUGGCGAAUUUGCCAAUUGCCCAGAACCAAACAAACAAGUUACCUUGGAUCCGCUGGUACUGGUAGACGCCUUAGCCAUUAUAAUGGGACACGAGGAACGAGAAUUGUGCAAACCGGGACAUUUAGGACUCGUUUUGAUAGUAGAUACAGCGUCCACACUUCUCGGCAGCAAAGAAAUGGCUUGCCGGCUACCUUUGAUCGAGUAUUUAUCCGAAAAAAUGUGCGCGCUAUGCUACGAGCGGGCCUGGUACGCAAAGCUCGGCGGUUGCGUAGCCAUAAAGUUCAUGUUCGAACGUUGCGCCUUGAAAUGGAUAUACGAGCACAUGUUGAUGUUUCUGAAAGCGUUGCUGUUCGUGAUGAUGGACCUUACCGGAGAGGUGUCCAGCGGCGCCCUAGAUAUGGCCAAAGACAAUCUUCAGAAGAUGCUGAUUGUGUGCGUUACUCCACCGCCGGACGGCGAUCAGGCGACUGAAGCUCUGCAAGCGGAAGCCUUGAAGAACGUAACACACGAAUUGGUCAGACAAGUGACCAGUCCUCACACGAUGGUUAGGAAUCAAUCUAUGGCAUCUUUGAGACUACUGGCCGAGAAGCAAAAUAAGACCGUAACCGCCGUUAUGGAACCGUUUAAAAAGGUUCUAGAAAAUAUGGUACCUCCGACGAAGCAUCUUCUUAAACAUCAACCUGCGAUCGCUCAAAUUGGUCUCAUGGAUGGAAAUAUGUUUUGUACAACUUUAACACCUAGACUUUUCACUAUAGACAUGAAAGAAAAGGAACACAGCCAAUUCAUCGAGGAUCUUCUGACGUUGUGCAAUUCUGAAGAUAGCAAAUUAAACACAUUUUCGUGUUAUAAAUCGAUAACGAAUUUCAUACCUCUGAGGACGAGCGCCCUGAGAGUUUUAGCCGCCUGCUAUUACUUAGAAGAGGUCAGAGAUAAGAUUUUCCAAGUUCUCUACGAUACGUUGGAAAAACCGAACGCUGAGCUUCAGGAGACAGCUUUUGAAUGCAUGAAAAAGUUUAUCGCUGGAUACCCCGUAGAAAAUAAAUUGGUACAUCAGACUGUUAGACCUUUGUUAAGGACCCUGUAUGAUUUUAAAAAUACCACGUUGAACGGUUUCAAAAUGCUGUCCUAUUUAACGCAACUGUUCCCUAACGUUUUUAACGAACAAUUACUUGAAUUUCUCAAGAAGAUAAUCGAAAACUUGAAGGUGAACUUUAAGAGCAAUCAAGGUACCGGAGUGUCUAAAAAAAGCGACGACGAACAGAAAAUCGUCACAAUCAUCAGCAUUUUCCAUCAAACGCCGGCCGCUUCAUCGAAAUUCAUAACGCAUUUGUGCCAAUUGGUUCUGGAAACGGAACAAGUAAUGGGCAUCGAAGCCAGCAGUCCCUUCAGGGAGGUUUUGAUGAAAUUCCUCCUGCGAUACCCCGACGAAACGCUACUGGUGUUUUUAAGCGACAAAUACAUCAAAGACCAGCAAUUCAGCAGAUACUUGGAGUAUUUGAUCAAGCACAAAGACGGAAAAUUGUUCAGAGAUUUCAUUCAAAACAACAUGACGAAACGCAUCAUGGCCAUGAUGCUUUCCAAUUACGUUAACGUGAAUUUGGAAGCGCAGGAGAAGAACGAGCUGCAAUAUCAGGCGAUAAGGAUCGUCUCGUUGCUGAUAAAAUUCGACGAUCAAUGGCUGUCGACUCAAAACGAAUUGGUCGAUGCUCUGAAGCGAAUCUGGUGCGACGAUUCGUACCAAGAGAGACACAAGAAUUUGGAGCAACUCGAGUACACGCAUUGGAAAGAGCCGAAACUGGUCGUGAAGAUUUUACUGCACUAUUUUUGCCGUCAUCCCAACGCCAACAUCGAUCUUCUGUUCCAAUUGCUAAGGGCCACCGUCGAUCGGUUCCUGCCCAACUUCCAAUUUCUCAGGGACUUUCUCGAAAACACCGUCGCGCAGAAUUACACCGUCGAAUGGAAGAGAUCCGCCUUUUUCAGAUUCGUCGAGCUGUUUCCGACGAACGAAAUGUCUCAGGAAUUGAAAGCGAAGGUGCUUCAGUUGAUAAUCAUACCAUGCUUUGCCGUCAGCUUCGAAAGGGGCGAAACCAACAAACUCGUAGGCGGGCCACCGACGCCCUAUCAGGACAGCAGCGAUAACGUUGUCUCCGUGUUCAUAAACAAACUAAUCGAUCCGGACAAUCCGUUUCCGUCUGAGGAUUGCGUGCGAAUUUCGCUUCUACAAUUUUCUUGUUUGCUCGUCGAGCAGGCCAGCCCUCACAUUCACGAUCACGACGCCAGUAACAAGGCGCAGGGCUUCAAAUUGAGAAGAUUGAUGACGUUCGCUUGGCCGUGUUUGCUGGUGGAGAAUUGCAUAGAUCCCGCUACAAGAUACCACGGCCAUUUGCUUCUUUCUCACAUAAUCGACAAGUUUGCCAUCCACCGAAAGAUUAUUCUGCAAGUUUUUCACAGUUUAUUGAAAGCUCAUGCCGUCGAGGCGAGGAGCGUGGUACGCCAGGCGUUGGAGAUUCUCACUCCUUCGAUGCCUUUGAGAAUGGAAGAGGGCAGUACGAUGCUGACGCAUUGGACUAAGAAAAUAAUAGUGGACGAGGGUCAUUCCGUGCAACAAUUGUUCCACAUUCUGCAAUUGGUUGUCAAGCACUAUAAAGUCUAUUAUCCCGUAAGACAUCAUUUGGUCCAGCAUAUGGUUAGUUCGAUCCAAAGGCUGGGCUUUAGUCCUACGGCUACUCUGGAACAUCGAAAAUUGGCCGUCGAAUUGGCCGAGGUUAUUAUUAAAUGGGAAAUUUACGGAAUCAAGGAAGACUCUGAAACGCCUGAGUCAACGGAAAAUGUUGCGACAAAGAGAUCUUCUACUGAAGAAAACGGCGAUAGCAAUAGGAAGAAAUUAGCGGUAGCAGGUCCAUCGGGUCCCGUGGCGUCUGUAAAAGCCGAUUCAAAUGUAAACAAACCGAUCGAUAGAGCACACACGGAUAAUGUGCUUAACUUUCUACUAAGGCUCGCCUGUCAGGUUAACGAGCCCGCUUCGACAAAUCCCGUGAAUCCGGCGACGAAUAGCCCGGGCGAGGUGUUGUCUAGGCGUUGCGUUAUUUUAUUGAAAACGGCACUGAGGCCGGACAUUUGGCCGCAGCCUGUCGAUUUGAAAUUGGCCUUUUUCGAUAAAAUUUUAAUCACCAUAGAAGCUCCGAAUCCUAAUAUCGCUAACAUUUGCACGGCCUUGGAACUUCUCACCUACAUUUUAACGGUUUUCGAAAAGGAACAAAUCUUAACGAGUUUCAAACAUUUGCAAAAAGGAAUCGGCGCAUGCAUAACUUCGAACAAUAGCAAAAUAAUCAAAUUAGUUCACAAUUUACUGACCAAAUUGUUCACACUAUUUCCGAUGGAAAGAACGACCACGAACUUGAGCUGUAAAUACGAAGAGCUGGACGUUCUCUAUGCGACGGUCGGUAAAGCCAUUUUAGACGGCCUCAGCAGCUAUGAGAAAAAAGAGAAUCCCUCCAGUCUCUUCGGUACUGUUAUGAUUUUAAAAGCCGUUUGUGCGAACAAUCAAUCCUACAUUGAUCGGCUGGCAACGCCGUUUAUGAGGGUACUCCAUCGACUGGCUAAAGAACACCUGCAGCAUUCCAGCGACAAUACCGCCUUGACCAGCGAAUUGUUAAUACUCAGUUUGGAUUUGAUUAAAACUAGAGUUGUCGUAUUGGGCGUGGAAAUGAGAAAGACGUUCAUCGGGGCGAUUCUAGUUGGAUUGAUCGAAAAGACCCAGGACAUCAAAGUUAUGAAAGCUAUUACUAGGAUGCUGGAAGAGUGGAUGAAAUGCAAAAACGUUGUAACGUUGAAUCAAGCGCCGAGUUUAAGGGAGAAAUCUAUAUUGCUCGUUAAAAUGAUGCAGUACGUCGAGAAACGUUUCCAAGACGAUAACGAUUUGAACGCGCAAUUUUUAGAACUCGUUCUCUAUGUAUACACGGAUAAGCAGCUCAAGACGACGGAACUCACGUCUAAACUGGAGCCGGCAUUUUUAGCCGGGCUGAGAUGUACUCAACCGCACAUUCGAGCGAAGUUUUUCAAAGUUUUCGACGAAUCUAUGCGUCGAAGGCUCCACGAUCGAUUACUUUAUAUCGUUUGUUCCCAAAACUGGGACGCCAUCGGUCCUCACUAUUGGAUCAAACAGUGCAUAGAGCUCCUACUCGUUACCGCUCUACCAGGCGAUGGUAUUCGAAUGUCCCACGAGAGCAGCAUACUACCGGCCAUAACGUCCGUUAUACCCGACAAGCAAAAGCGGGAAGAGUUUAGUCGACGACAAAUACAAAAUCCGGUGUUCGAUGCGUCCGAGGUGAAAGAAGAAGUUUUGGACGUCGAUAUAAGUAACAUAGAUUCGAAUCCACUGGUAAAGGAGAAGCCCGUGAUAAGAGAAGAAACCAUUGAAAUGCUAAAAAAACAUUACGAAUCCACGAAGGUUGCUAAGAGUAUUACCACGGACAGAUUUCUCUUGGCUACAGCGCAGUUAUGCCACAUGGAUACAUCAUUAGCCGAACACGUUUGGCUGUCUCUGUUCCCUAAACUUUGGAGCAUAUUAGAACCGGAUCAAAGAACCAUUUUGGCCCAAGAAAUACUACCGUUUAUUACUUCAGGCUCUCACAUUGUUCAAAAAGACUGUCACCCCAGUGCUGUAAACACGUUCGUCGAGGCGUUAUGUCGCUGCUCCACUCCCUUACAAAUCGUUCCUCCUCUAAUGACCUACUUAGGCAAAUCGCACAACCUGUGGCAUCGAAUGGCGUUAGGCUUGGAACAAAUGGCGUUCGAACCUAACGCAUUGACGAAAACAACGAGCUCCGCUAAUUACGAAGCGGUCGAGGGGGAGCCUUCGAAAGCGGAUCUGCUCGACUGCUUAGGCGAAUUAUACCAUUUACUUUGCGAAGAGGACUGUUGGGCCGUUCUCUGGCAACGGCACGCUCACUACAAAGAGACAAGCAUCGCUAUCGCCUACGAACAGCACGGUUUCUUCGAACAGGCCCAAGGGGCCUACGAGGCGGCGAUGGCGAAACACAAGGCGGACAACAACUUGGGUCCCAUACCGGCUCAUACUCAAAGAGAAAUUUUGUUAUGGAAGGACCAUUGGAUCAGAUGUGCCAAAGAGCUAAACCAAUGGGACAUACUUAUGGAAUACGCCAAAACCGGCUGUUACGAUCCGUACUUGUUGCUGGAAUGCGCGUGGAGAAUAUCAGAGUGGGAUACCAUGAAGGAGGCGCUUCAAAAUGUGGAAUAUACUUGUCCGAAGGAAUUGGGAUGGAAAAUAACCAUGUACGGUGGAUAUCUGUUGAUAUGCCAGCCCGAGGAGAGCAAGCCCCUCAAGAUUAUCGAAAGAUACGUGGAAACCGCCAGCACCUUGUGCCUAAACGAAUGGAGAAGAUUACCUCAUAUCGUUAGUCACAUUCAUUUGCCGUAUCUUCAAGCGGCUCAGCAGAUUAUGGAAUUGCAAGAGGCUUAUCAAAUACACAAAGGACUAUUGCAAGGCCACCAAAAUUCCUUGCACGACAUGAAAGCAAUCGUAAAAACAUGGCGUAACAGGCUACCCGUCAUAGCCGACGAUCUCGUCCAUUGGAACGACAUUUUUACAUGGAGACAACAUCAUUAUCAAGUCAUCGUGAAUCAUUACGAGACCAACAGGGACACAGCUACUACGCAUUCGAUGCUCGGAGUUCACGCCUCUGUACAGUCCAGCAUUCACUUUGGUAAAAUAGCCAGGAAGCACAAAUUGAUAAACGUGUGCUUGGAAUCGCUGAACAAAAUCUAUAGGAUAUCCAGCGUAUUGGUGAACGAUUGUUUCCACAAAGUGAAGCAGCAAGUCAAGUGCUACCUUCAAAACUCGGCCGUUAAUAAGAACGAAAUUAACGACGGUUUGGAGGUGUUGAGUCGUACGAGAAUGGAGUAUUUCACGAAGGAAAUGGUGGCGGAAUUCUACGCUUUGAACGGUUUAUUAUUCCAAUUAAGCAAUAAAUCCGACGAAGCGAAUAAGAUGUUUUCGGCCGCCGUUCAGAAGCACGACGCUUCGAUCAAAGGAUGGGCCUUGUACGGCGAUUAUUUGGAACAAAUUUUCACGAGAGAAAGACAAAUAAAUUUGGGCGUCAACGCUAUGGCUUGUUUGUUGCACGCGUGCCGACACCAAAACGAGGCGAAGGCGAGAAAAUAUUUGGCUAAAGUGCUUUGGUUGUUGAGUUACGACGAUCAAAAUUCGAGUUUAAGAAAGGCAUUGGAUAAAUAUUCAGUGGGCGUUCCUCCUAUUCUUUGGUUACCUUGGACGCCGCAAUUGCUCAAUUGCUUAGUACAGUACGAGGACAACAUUAUACUGAACUUACUCUGUCAGGUUGGUAGAAUGUUUCCGCAAGCGGUGUAUUUCCCAACCCGUACGCUAUAUCUGACAUUACGAGCGGCCGUCGCCAGAAAAACCAACAGCGAACAAAAGCAACAGCAAUCCCAGGAGUCGCAAAAUACCGACGGUGGAAAUCAAUCGAACAGCUUAUCGAACUCUUCAGAAGGAAGCGCCAGCGCCACCGCAAACGUACCAACGGAAGAGUUCAUAUUCAAGGCCACGCCGGAGAUGAUCAAGUGCAUGAAGAUUAUGAAAAUGCAGAGAGAUCUUCACACAACGGUGUCGUCGAGCUUGGAAGGCAUAGCCGAACAAAUGGAAUUGUUCAAAGAGAAUUGGUACGAGCAAGUCGUAAGGCAACUGCGCCAAGGACUGACGAAGUGCUACGCGAUAGCGUUCGAGAACAGAGAGGCCGUCAACGAGGCCGAGAUAACGCCUCACAUACUGAACUUCGUGAAGAAAUUAACAUCGACGUUCGGCACCAGCCCGGAAAGUGCCACAACAGAUUCGUGCAAAUACACAUCGACUAAUGCCGAAAAUCUGACGCGCCGAAUCGAAGACAAACCGGGCCAGGAUUCCGUUUUUCUCGCCACCAAAGAGGAGUUUACGAAAGAAUUUUCGCAAUCUAAUUCCAUGAAACUGCAAUCGUUGAUCUCCAAACUGAAGAAGUGGAUUAAAAUAUUGGAUAGCAGAUCUAAAAUGCUAUUACAAUCCAGUUUGAUCGAAGAGACGUGCCGUUUCCUGUCGAAUUUCACGUUGCAAACGGCCGAAGUCGAAUUGCCCGGCGAAUUUCUGAUUCCGAAACACAAUCAUUACUUCGUACGGAUCGCCAGAUUCAUGCCGAGAGUCGAUGUGGUGCAGAAGCAUAAUACGGUGGCCAGACGGCUGUACAUAAGAGGCCACAACGGUAAAAUCUAUCCCUAUCUCGUCGUGAACGAUUCAGGCGUGGCGGACGCGAGACGAGAGGAAAGGGUCCUGCAAUUGAUGAGGAUGUUGAAUUUGUAUUUGGGGAAACAAAAGGAAACGGCGCGGCGAUUUUUGCAUUAUACCGUGCCUAAGGUCGUGUCAUUGUCCCAGCAAAUCCGGCUCGUUGAGGAUAAUCCCGCAUCUUUGUCUCUGUUGGAUAUUUUCAAGAAAAGUUGUUCGAAAUUAGGUAUCGAGCAUGACGAUCCGAUUCAGUAUUAUUACGACAGAUUGGGAAACAUCCAAAGCAAGGGCAUAAAAGCCAGCCAUCAAGUAUACAGGGACAUUUUGAAACAAAACAAAGUUCCGAGGAAUAUACUGAAGCAAUGGGCCAUUCAAACGUUCCCCUCAGCGACGGAUUAUUGGCAAUUCAGAAAAAUGUUUACGUUACAAUUAGCGUUAGCUUGUUUCGCCGAGUACGUGUUCCAUUUGACGAGAUUGAAUCCAGAUAUGAUGUAUUUGCAUCAAGAUUCUGGUUUGAUGAAUGUGGCCUAUUUCAAAUUCGACGUGGACGACAGUACAGGCGAACUUGAUACAACUCGUCCUGUACCAUUCCGAUUGACGCCGAAUAUCAUCGAAUAUUUAUCGACUAUCGGCGUUAGUGGACCUUUAACGACUUCGAUGAUAGCCACUUCCCGUUGUUUUAUUUAUCCUAACUUUAAGAUAUUAUCAAUACUUAAACCCAUUAUAAGAGACGAAAUGAUGUUAUCUAGAGCUAAAAAGUCGGAAGAUUCGAAUCAAGAAAAAAUGUGCGACGCUGCUGAAAAGAUUAUUAGUAUGGUAAAUAAGGCUAUAACGUCGAUUUCGAAUCGACUUACGAGUUUGGCACAUUUCGAGGGCACAGAGAGUAAGGUGGCAACUUUGGUUGCUGCUGCAAAUAGCCAGGAUAAUCUUUGUCGUAUGGAUCCGACGUGGCAUCCGUGGCUUUAAGUUAUUAUUUUUGUAUUCUUUCAAUAUAACAUAGGUUUAUCAUUUUUUAAAUGGGGUUUUCUUCAUGAAUUAAAA